UGUGGGUUUAUAAACUCUGUGACAAUACGCUUGUAAUUGAAAUCUAGCGUUAGCACUCCUGCUACAACCAGGCGGUCGAUGUGUUGUUGCUACGGUUAAUAAGUGGCAUUUCCCCUCCCCACACACACUGUUCAGUGGUGGUAUGCGAUUUUAAAUGGUCAAAUGUACAGAGGCACAUCGAGAUAGAGAGCCAAGGAUGUCUCAUUACACAGACGAGCCUCGCUUCACCAUCGAGCAGAUCGACCUGCUCCAGAGGCUGCGGCGUACGGGCAUGACCAAGCAGGAGAUCCUCCACGCCCUGGACACCCUAGAUCGGCUGGACCGCGAGCACGGGGCCAAGUUUGGACAUCGCACCUCCUACGGGGGAGGAGCAAGCAGCUCUGUGUCAGACCCUAAUUGCACCACCUCCAACAACACUACAGCCACCACCUCCUCGUCCAGUAUUACUGUUGAUGAUAAUAAUAAUAAUAAUAAUUCCACCAGUGGGAGCAGUGAGGUUAACAACAUCACCCUGGCCUCUUCCUGCACCAACUCUACCGUCGCACAGACACAGUACCUCUCACCGCGCGGGGGGCUGUCCCCGUCGCCUAGCAACAGCUACGACACCUCCCCACUGCCCUCCGCCGUCCGCCACUCCCCAGUGUCACUGGUCACCAUGGCGCAGAACGGUGGGCGGGACAGCCUGGCGGCGACGCCCAAUGGGAAGCUCUCGCCGCCACGGUACCCGGUGAACAGUGCAGCGGCUGCCAGGGCGUUCGGGUUCGAGGCAACUGAGGAGGAGCUGGAAAUCGAUGACAAGGUGGAGGAACUCAUGAGGAGAGACGGCAGCAUCGUGAAGGAGGAGAUCAAGUCGUUCCUGGGGAACAGGAGAAUCUCUCAGGCUGUGGUGGCCCAGGUCACAGGAAUCAGUCAGAGCAGGAUCUCUCAUUGGUUGCUUCAACACGGCUCUGACCUCAGUGAACAGAAGAAGAGAGCUUUCUACCACUGGUACCAGCUAGAAAAGACCUCCCCAGGUGCCACUCUAAACAUGCGCCCCGCCCCCAUGGCUAUGGAGGAAAUGGAGUGGAGACAGACCACACCCCAUAUAAGUACCGCCCCAGGAAUCUUCCGGCUACGCAGAGGAAGUCGUUUUACCUGGAGGAAAGAAUGUCUGGCUGUGAUGGAGAGCUACUUCAAUGACAACCAGUACCCUGACGAAGCUAAGAGAGAGGAGAUCUCUAACGCCUGCAACGCUGUCAUCCAGAAACCAGGGAAGAAGCUAUCGGACCUGGAGAGAGUCAGCUCCCUUAAAGUCUACAACUGGUUUGCCAACCGACGCAAGGAGAUCAAGAGACGAGCUAAUAUUGAAGCCACGAUCCUGGAGAGCCAUUGGAUAGACGUCCAGAGUCCUGGAGGACAUUCCAACAGUGACGACAUCGAUGGAGGCGACUACACGGAACAGGCCUGUGACCUGCCCUACUUCGACAAGAGACCCAUGGCCAGGCCCUUUGGCUUCUACAGGCUGGAGCCCACUUCACCCACACAGGACGAUGGUACUGACCACCAGGACCCCAUCUCUCUGGCUGUGGAGAUGGCCGCAGUCAACCAUACCAUCCUGGCUCUGUCCCGGACCGGAGGGGUGCCCAGCAACAUCAAGACAGAGGUCCCGGACGAUGACUGAAGAGGUGGUUACUACCGGACAGUAACUGGGAGGAAGGAGUGGAGAGGGAACGGUAAUAGCCAAGAGAGGAUAGGGGGUGUGUGGGUGGGUGUGUGUGCGCGUGAGAGAGUGUUUGUGGUUCAAGGAAUGUGAAGAUGACCAAAUUAAGCUAUCAAACUCCAGCUACCCUUCUUCCCCUUGUUCUCAGCCCCUCCACGGUCCCAGUGAACUGUACCCUCCUUCCCCUUGUUUUCAGCCCCUCCACGGUCCCAGUGAACUGUACCCUGUCUUGUCUCUCAUCGGAGUGAAAAAGUUGAGUGGAGGAUAAUAAAUGGCUGUUUUUCUCUGGACCUCCACCCCGAUAUGGUGCCACUGGCCCUGGGGCCCUGGUCAAACCGUCUUCCCACUCCUCCUCUCUGAGCCCGGACCCACAUACCUCAAUCCUGCUGUACUGUAUAUAUGGUAUCUGUUCUCAUCAGAGACAUAGAAUAGAAGUCUGUUCUAGAAUAGAAGUCUGUUCUAGAACAUUCUAGAAUAGAAGUCUGUUCUAGAAUAGAAGUGAUACCAUUUCUAUGGUUCUCAUACUGUCUCAUCGUGUGCUGCCCUGAACCCAUUUCCUUGUGCAAUGCAUUGGUAGUGCAUCAGUGGCCUCUUACUAACACUGCUGGAAGAGAGGGAGGGAUGUAGUUUAUCACCCUGCCAAAGAACAGUCAGUUGACUACUCAUCUGUGGAUUGGACUGUUCUGAUUGGACUAGACUGUUCCCGACUGUUCAAUGUAUCCUGCAGUCUACAGCUUUCAUUCCUACUGGAAUCUUAACGUUUGGUUGGUAAACCAUUGACAUUAUGAAUUGUCCCAUGUUUGUUGUGUUCUUUUUUAAAUGGAAUGGCCACCAGAAAUACAGAAGUCCAUUUUCUGCAGCGGACGGUUAAGUGCAUGCGUCAGAAAGUGAUCUGAAAGCCGGCAGUACCCCCCCCACCACCCCCCCAAGGCCAAAUGAGAGACACAGCACAUUUCUGAUCAGUUUAGCCUUGUAGGUCAGUGGAUAUUAAAGGGACAAUCUGUGA